AUGUGCAGAGUAGAGGAGCGCGUCUAUGUCGACGACGACGGCCGCCGUCAGGCCUUCGAAGAGUGUUUCCGGUGCGAGAACUCGCGUGGAGGCAGACUAUGUCCGAACGUGAGGAGGAAGACGGUCGAGUACCGAUCACGCCCACCAGCAUCGUCUGUUUCACGUGACGACAAUGCUUCACCGGCCUCUACGUAUAACCCGCCUACUCCUACAGGAGCGACCACCAUCAUCAUCCAACCGCAAAAGCCGACACAUUCACGGAGGGACUCUACCAGCAGGGGUGAGACCACGCGGGUCAUCAAACCAGAGAUCAUCUUCGACUUCGGCUCUAAGAAAGACAAAGGCAAGAAGUACCCGGCUGCGUCCAUAAAGAGCUACAAGCGCACCUCCCUGGGUGGUACAUCAACCACCUCCAACGAUGUGGCCAUCGAAUCCCCUGGCUCCGAAGCCUCUUAUACACUCCGCACGGGGUUCCCAGAAGCUCCUGUUCCUCCUGCUGGAACCGGUCCGGGGUACAAUACGCGUCCUGCCGUGCCGCAUCACCGGCAGACUUCCUCAACGUCCUCUUUCACGACGUCGAGUCGACCACCGUCACUGGUCGUAACCUCGGACGCAGAGUCGCCUUCGCUCAGGAGGGUAGCUCGCUAUCCUCCGACAAUCGUCCACAAUCCCCCACCUGCUCCAGCAUCGCCCCAAGCUUCUCAACCUCCAAGUAGUCCGUACCGCACCACCAUUGCUGUACCCAGGGACUCCAAAGAGAGCUUCGGGUCUGAGGGCACUUUCCCUCUCGACUAUUCUCACAUUCAAGGUUUCGCGAGCUCGUCACAGGCCAGCUCCAGCCGAGCUGCGGCUCCCGAGAUCACCGAUCGGGAUGAAUUCCGGGCUCAGCAGCGCAGGGAGCGAGCCGAGGCCGACAAGCGUCACCAAGAGCAGGCGGAUCUCAAGAUGGCACAAAUGAUGCAGGACGAGGAGCGACGAAGAGCUGAGGAGGACAGACGACAAGCUGAAAUCGAGCGCGGCCGGGCAGAGGCUCGUGCUCGUGAACGUGCGGAGAAGAAGUUCGCCGAACAUGAAAAAGAUCGAGCGGACGAGCGUGAGAGAAUACGCCGCAUGAAACAGCAACAGCAAGAUGACAGAGCUGCCCAGGAGGCAGAGCGCGCAGCCAAAGAGGCACAAGAGCGAGCAGCAAGGCUAGCGAGGAAGGAAGCCGAACGCCUGCAAGACGAGAUCGCCCGUAAAGAACGCGAAGUCCGCAACGCAGAAUCCAAGCUCCGUCGUAAGGAACGGGACUCCCGCCCACCGACUAGAGAUCCCACGAAGAGAGGCCGCCGGCGAUCCAUGUCCCAGCACGAGGUAUUGGAGCAGAGGCGACUGCUCGCCGAAGAGCAGAAUCAAAUCGCCCUGGAGCGGGAAGCAGACGAACGACGUAGGCGCGAGGAGCAAGCUGCAGCGCUCCUAGAGCAGCAACAGCAGUCUCACUACUGGGACCCUCGAGGAGGCAACCGUCUUCCAAUGGCGAAUAACGCCGCUCCCAUGGCCCGCCGGAACUCCGUGACCGCACGACGGGGCAGUGUCUCUGGCGUCCCGACUCUACCCCCGGGAGCGCUCGACCGCCGCAACAGCCAGAGCCAGCACAGAGUAUCCGUCAUACAGCCGUCACCCCCUGUGCCUAUUGUCACGCCAGCGUCUAUCAGCAACACUUCCCUCCCGCCACCACUCCUCUCUCCCACCGUCGCACCACGGUCCUUCUCCCGACCCCCAUCAGCCCGCCACUCCUCCUACGACAAGGAGAACCCCUUCGCAGUCACCAACCCACGCCUCUCCAACACCAGCCAAGACACCACCAAUCCCUUCGCCCAACCGGGAGCAGCACCACUACCACUAGACCCCUGGGACGCCCGCGACAUGCGUGACGCCCUGCCCCAGGAGCCGACGGGUCGCAUGUCGCAUACACGCCAACCAUCAUCGGAUGACCACCGUCACCGCCAUCAUCACGGUCACUCGCUGCGUCGUCGGGGUGAGGAGGUCAUUGAGCGCGCCGCUGCAAAGGCGGAGAGUAGUAGCAGUCGAUCGUCGCGGACCGUGACACAUGAACGUGCGCGCCAAGCGACGCGCGCUAUGGGGAAGGCGGUUGGGUUUGUAACCGAUGACGAGGAUAGUGAGGGCGCGAGCGAGCAGGAAGACCCGAGAAAGGGGAGGUCGAAGAAGGGGAAGGGGAAGAAGAGGGUGGGGACGGGGACGCAGUAG